GCAAAACAAAAGCAUAGCAGCUGAGGAGCACACCGAUUUCUGCAAGUGUAAUAUGUAUGCGGAGGAUUUCUUUGUGGAUGCGCCAUAGCAACGGAGCUGCAAAUCCAUGUUGCAAAUUAUUGGCUGAAACUCAAUUCACACCAUGCAGAGGACCGAGGGAAAGGUGGACUACAGUGUGCGACUAGGGGAAUUCUCCUGUUAGGAUUGUGACCGCUUCGUGACGCUUGGCUCUGAGGUGCAUAAGCUCACAUUGAUAGACGCUCAGUCAGUCCUGGGGGAUGAUGCUGGUUGACAAAUGGAAGUACUGAGCGAUUGCAUGCUGGAGACAACAUGAGCUUGAUCCUUUUGUGUCUGUUUGCCAUGUAUGAUCGACGGUGGCUAAAUGAGGGAGAGGACGACGAAAAGAACCCUUUCAUUUACCUCUUGGCUUGCCUUAAAAUUCCCCUCAUACUACACUCCGUUCACCACCCCUCCCCUUUCUCUUUCUCGCUUUCGCUCUCUCAUUCCCUCCCACAGUUUCUCUCCUCCCUUCACUGAUCAAAGCCAGUAGCCUAGUAUUCUCUCUACAGCUGCUUCCUCUAUGGUCUCUUGGAAAUACAGCCUGCAGAUCUUCUCAAGGCAAGACCUUUUUUUAACAUUUCAUCACCAGGACAACAGGAUGCUUCCAUGCAGGCUUUGAUUCUUUUCUCUCCUUGUGCUUUCCCCUUCCCCUUCCCUCUCCUAAUUUCCUGCCCUUUGACCCUAACCCUUCCCUUUCCCCUCAAUUUCCCCUUACCCUCUAUUCCCUUUUCUAUCUUCACACCCACUUGACCAUGUUGCCAUGUGUCUGCCGGGUCCAUCCUCUCCUUGCCUUUAUCUCAUUUGCCUUGCUGACACGAGGGGAAAAUUGUCCAGCCACCUGCAAGUGCCCGGACCCUCACACGGUGGAUUGUAGCGGUCGAGGACUCACUCGCCUCCCAGAUGAGAUCCCGCUGGAUGUUCGCAGGUUGUUGCUGUCCAACAACUGGAUCCCGCGCAUUCCCUCUGACUUUCUCGUGCUCUACAGUGACUUAGUGUAUCUGGAUCUCCGGAACAAUUCACUCUCACACAUUGAGCCAGGAACCUUAAGCACCUCCUUCAGGCUAGUUUUCUUGGACUUGGGCAGUAACAACUUGACUGAGAUCCCAAAAGGAACAUUUGGUGAGUCCCGGAGCCUCAUCAAGUUGCGCUUGGGCAACAACCCUCACCUGAGCAUGGUCAGUGAGGAUGCCUUCAGGGGCUUGACCUCACUACGAGAACUUGAACUAGAGCGCAAUGCCCUUUCCAGUCUCCAGGUUGGUGCGCUGAGCCAGCUGCCUUCUCUGCGGGUCGUCAGGUUAGAGGGCAACCCUUGGGUGUGCAAUUGCAAAUUUGCCAACCUUUUUGCUUGGCUAGUUGAGAACAGCCACAAGCUACCAAAUGGUAUUGACGGUAUUGAGUGCUCUUUGCCCACCGAUGGCCGCCGUGUGCCUCUCAGUCAGCUCUCCCAGGACAGUUUCCGGGAAUGUCAGAUCACCCUGACCCUCACCGACUUCCUCAUCAUCAUAUUCUCGGGCAUCUCCGUGUCCGUGGCAGCCAUCAUGGCCAGCUUCUUCCUGGCUUCCACCGUGCACUGCUUCCAGCGCUGGAGCAAAGGUACCAAAGGCGAAGAUGAGGAGAGCGAAGAAUGAGCAGGAUGAAUGAGGAAGAAUGAGCGUGAACAAUCAGACACCAGCUACAUAAACGAGUCUUUGGAUGAGAAUGUGGCACACCUACACUACAAAAAUGGCUAAUUAUUCCCAUCAGCGAAUUAAUGGAUGGGUAACAUGGAACUAGCCAUAGUAUUUAAAUUUUGUGGUUAAAUUGUUGGUGUCCUCAGUAAUGGAUUACAAUCAGUGUCAUAAUAUAAUAAGAUAAUAUUAAUAGUCUUAAAUAAAAAAAACCUUGCUGCUAUUUUUUUGUGCCAAAUUAGUGUGGAUAAGAUGGAAAACCCAGUUAAGAAUGUUUUAAUAGAAAGUGUAGCCUGCAUACAAGAAAAAUUGCAGGUUGGAUAUAGAAAUUAUGAAAAAUUCUGUGGUCUAAGGAAGGAAGGAAGCCAUUCGGUAGUUUCCUAUUUUGUUCACAGGUCUAAAAUAAUCAACAAAAAACAGAAAAAGUAGUGAGAUAUCUAGUUAUGGAAUGAAUAGCUCAAAUGUUGCACUUUAAAAAUACAUUUCCUCCUACAUUGUACUGGCCCUCAGUCUUACCUAACGGACAUGCCCAGAUCUGCCAAAGAUGAUACUUAGAAAUGAUGGACAAUAAGAGUUUUAAAUGGUUUAAGAAGUUUGAAGUGUGGAAAAAAAAUAUAUAGAGUAUAUAUAGAUUUAUUUUUGCUUUCAGACAUGUGUGAAUAUGUAUAAUCAAAUGACAUAUCUAAAUGUAUUUGCGAUAUUGCAUAUUUAACUUUAAAUGUGAUGCUUCCAGAUAUUCACUUAGUUAUGGAGGCAAGGGAAGAAGAAAUGUGCUUCUUUCAUGCUGUAAUAUGUCAUUGCUUACAUCUUACUAAAAGAAAAAGAAAGAAAAGAAAGAAAUAUUGGUAUAUCUGUUGAUUGUUGUCCUGUGUAAACUGAAAUACCAUUCAGAGGUUUCCACCUACUCAUUAGCAUGGCAUGUAUAUUAAAACCAUAAGUCACCUAAUAAACAAAACCCCUCAGUUUAGCAAUGCAGCUGCAUAAAUUAGAUCGGCAAAGGAAGCCAUAUUUCAGAAGAUCUUGUUGAAUUGGUUUGAAAGAAACAAGGAGCCAUAUUAUAGAAACAUUGGAAAGUAAGAUUUAAACAAAACCAACAUUGUGUUUUGAAAAUGAAAAUGGCAGAAAAUGAAACCAUUUGGGUUUAUCCUAACACUGGGACACAAAUUUCAGUGAUUUCGGGCGCUUUUUAUGCGGACUUGAGAUAAAAAAAAAAGAUGAACUUGGGAAUUAGGAUUUGUCCUAAAUGAGAUGUACUGUAAAGUGAUUUAAAGGUUCCCUCAAAGAGAUAAACAGAAUUACCCUAAAGGAUGCUACACUCUACAAAAAAGAAUUGGUUCUUUGGAUAGUUAAGGAUUUUUUGCUUCCUAAAUUUGUUGGAGCUCUUGCUGAAACGAAGCCCUGUGCAUGCAGGGUUCUACAUAGUACCUUUAAUGAUUACCACAAACAUAGACGGGUUAUAUAUUAGUCUAUUUACUUUAAGAAUGUAUGUAGAAUUUUGCUUGGUUUUCCUAAAAUGUAAUAAUUCUUGAACAAUCUAGGUAUAUAUAAAAGAUAUACAAUACAAUAUAAAAGAGAAUAUAAACAUUUACCAGUAAAAGGGCUCCUAUUUAUCACACUUAUGUAAAUUUUGAUGUAGAACCCUUCAACAAAGUGUUUCCUUUCAGAAAAGGUUCCAUGAAGAACCUCUUUGAAAAGCUAGAACCCUUACCUAUCCAAAGAAUCCAUGAGGCACCAUUUUCUCUAACAGUGACCCAUUUUCAGAGGCUUUUUUUUUUUCAAAGGAACAACAAAAAUUAAUUGUUAAAUUUGUCUUCUUGUAUUCUAUGUUAUACAGUCAUUUGUUGGCACCCAUUAUUGGCACCCUUAAGGAGAAUGAGCAAAAUUCAAAAGUUCCACACAAACUCUCAGAUAACCCCCCCCCCUCCCCCUCUACCAAAUAUUAAUCUGAUAAGGACUGAUUUGAAAAAUAUUUGAAAAUUUUGGGAAAAAUUUAAGGAUUAUUGUAAUCCUUCAAAAUAUCAAUAAAAAAAAGAAAAGGUUGGUUACAUGUAAAAUCACUUUACCAUCCAUCAGCUUGAGGAAAAUCAAAUGGCUUUAAAAGACAAAUUGCAUAUUGACGGAAUUGUAUGUACAGUAGUGCACAAACAUGGAAAGGGUAAGGUGAUAAGGCUUUAAAAAAUUAAAUGAAAAUAUCAAAUAUAAUAAAUGUAUUUUAAAGGGCAGUAAAAAAUUAAUUCAGUCAAUAUUUAUCUGAUGACUUUCUGCCUUUUCAAACUACAUACGACUUCACAGGUUCACCAUGGUGCCGGUUUAUAAAGAACUCAGCUGGUUGAUUAUUUCUGCAUCUUGGAGAACUUAGACAGUUUUUAUGCACAUACACUUCUGUAUCUGCAGGUAAAAAUCCCAGAACAGCCUCCACAAUAUUGAGAUCAGGGCUCUGUGGGGGCCAAAAACCAUCUGCGCCGUGUUCGUCUGUUCGUUGAAGCAGCUUUAUAAUAAUAGAAUAAAUUUAAAAUCUGCUCUUUUCUACUAACACACUAAUGCAGAAGGCAUAAAAUAAACACAGAUAAAACUUAUAUAAAAACACAGGACAGAAUGUUCUGUGUGCUAUAUUCUUAUAUAAUUCUGCUUAACUGCAUCCCUGAAAGUAAAACUUUUUCUUUAACAACUCUCCUUUUGGAGCGAUUCAAAAUGAUUGUCCUGUUUCUAAGCGCUUACAGAGCCGAGCCAUUGGAUUUGAACAAGCAGCAGUGAUUGCACCAUAUCAGCUGAAUAAAAGUCCCUAAACUGUCUGGGACCGUAAUCAAAAUUUCCAUCAUUUCCAUUUCCAGAGUUUGAUUUAUGAUUUACAUGAUAAAUAAAAUAUGCCCUGUAUGCCCUAAUAUUGCUGAUUGGUUAUACUCAAUGUAUCUAACGAUCCUCAGUGCAUAUGUAUUAGCAAAUAAAUUGUGGCCUGAUCAUCUUAAAUAUCCACUAAUCUUUCACACUGUUUAAAGAAUGUGUGCUCAACAUUGUCAGAUAAUUUAUGUGAGAACAUUCAGAGAUGGGUUAUAGACAUCAUGCUAAAUGAAAUAUUGUGACAAAUCAAAGUUUUCCGAACCAAAUAUUCUUCUGUAGCAGAAACGAUGUGUUCAGUGUGUUAUUAUUUUCACUAUUAUUUUUCUAUGCAGCAAUUUAUGAUUGUGAAAAUACUGGAUUUGCAUAUAUAAUUAAAUCUCACUUUAUUUUACUGUAUAGAUUGCAUUUUUAGGAAAAUACAGUGCAUAAGUAUUCACCCCCUUGAACUUUUCCACAGCUUGUUUUAUUUGACCAGUUUGUUUUAAUCCCAUCUUCUUACUUGAAAAAAAUGUGGGGAAAGUCAAAGGGGGUGAAUACUUAUUCAAAGCACCAAAUUGUAAGGUUUGUAUAGUGAUAUUUGGUGUUAAAGUGAACAAUUGGUCUUAUGUGGUCUCAUAUCACAGCACUGUUGAAUUCUCAAAUCAGUAGGUGUUGAUUAAUUUUCUAUAACUCCAGCUUUGGCAGUUGAGCCAGCUGUAAUUCAAAUAAUAGAUUUAUAUUAAUGCAUUCGUACUAAUGUUAUUGCUUUCUGUAAUGAAAUUAUUGAAGGAUUCUCCAGUGUCUGUGUUUCAGGACAGAUGAGUUUGCACUUUCCAAUUUUUGUGUUUUUUUUUUUUUGUCUUAAUUUUGGGAGAGAAGAAAAGAGAGGCUGUAAAAAAAAAAUGUUUUAUAGCGGUUAUAACAAGAUAUCAAGUAUAAAGCAUUAACCAGAACAUUAUACAACAUAAAAUGGAACUAUAAAUGGAUAAAAAGUACAGCAUGCCAUUAUUUAAUUAAUCAAAUUCAGAAACAGUAAUCAUUUUUCAAUCAAAUUGCUGUUGUAUAAGAGGAAGAAUCUCACACCACCAAAUCAUUGAUUAUUUUCCUGUAACAACAUGCCCCAAUAUGUACUAAUAUGUGAAAUCAAGUGCGACUGUACACACCUGGAUGUUUUCACAUAAGUUAUCUUUUAUUUUCAAGUCCAAUAUUCAACUAACAUAUAGCUAAUUAGAAUGUACAUCAAAUGACUUGUAAUUACCACAUAAUUACCUUUUAAAUGGUUAAAAUGUUACUGCAACUGUGCUUCUGUACUGUAAAAUAAAGUGCGACCGAAACGUGCAAUGUCUGGUUUUAAGUUCUGUAGCUUUGGGUAUUUCUAGAAAAAUAUGGUAAUAGACAUAUCUUAUAACCCAUCUCUGAAUUUUAAAGAGAACAAGCUGCUGUGUUUAAUCUCAUUUGUGUCUUGUACCAUACUACUGCUGUUACACUGUUAAGAGUGUAAAGUAAUGUGUGUAACACUAUGAUAACAUGGAGUUAGAAAUGUUUGUCCUGAGUCUUGAACACCAUGUAUACCAGUAGA